AUGGAAGAAGCGUUCGAGAAGAUGCUGCCCAUUUUCCACAAAGCAGCAAAUACACCAGAACAGAUCACACAGGAAGAAAAGCACGUCUUGCAACAGAGAAUCUCACCACAGGAAGAGGAUGCCGCCGUCAAAGCACGCACAGAUAGCAAAUCAUUCAAAGACUUGGUCAGGAAAUGCUUGACUGAUGGCCGAGUAUCGACGUUAACGGAUGAAGAAUUAAAGAUGCUCUCACGAGGUGUGCAGCCGCUUCCGCUAUCUACAGCAAAUGCUCUGAUGGAGAUACAAGAAAAGCAGACUGCCGAUGUACAGGCCAUGAUCGAGCAAGCUUACAAGAACAUCGCCGACGCUGAUGAGAUGAAAGCAUCACUUGCUGCUCAUAAGGAGAUAAACCGCCGUGCAGAAGUAGCUUGUGCCGAAAGACGUGCGCAACGAGCAUCACAACCACGACGUAUACUCGAGCAGUCGGCUAGGACAAGAGCGGCUGCCAGGAAUGCUCCAUACCCUAACGGCGUUAUCAAAAGGGCUUCUGAAGCAAUACAAAGAUAUGCACUCAAAUCUCAAACAACAGACCUUCAGACUUUCCCUGACGAUGGCAUCUGGGGCUUUGCAUGCUUCAGGACAAGCUACAACGAUGACGCCACCUGGAAUAGUUUCAAGCAGCAACUUGACUCGAAGAUCCAGAAGGAAUUGCAGAGGCAUCUAGUCCCAGAAGCCAUGCAGAAAGGCUUCAGACUUGUCUACCUCGAGAACGAAACAGAACUUGCUGGCGGACUGGAUCAGACCAGACUUACUACAUUUUUCAACCGUAUCAAGAACGAUACCGCAAUUGUGCCUCGCAGCAUCGAUCGCAAUUUCUUCAUCUCGAUCGACGAUGCUAUCUUGCGUGCUUCUGUCAAUGCUGUCGAUCCACUCAUCAUUUUGCACGAUGCUGAUGUUGGGCCUGCGACUGCUACUCAGCAGUUUCCGGCUUAUUCUGGCGUCACGGCCAUACAAUUCAUCACGCUAUCUAUUCCUGGGAUUGAGGGUAAUCGCAACUCUUUGAGGUCCUCGCAUUCGUUGAUGUAUGGCUGA